AUGGCUCUCGAAGGAUUUUGUGGUCGUGAAGAGUCUGCCGGGCCUGAUCUCUGGUUCCACAACAAAGUCCACAACAUGGUGGACGGAAGUAUGUGCUGUGUCGGCACAGCCGCCAAUGACCCCCUCUUCCUCCUUCAUCAUGUAAUGGUGGAUAAAGUCUUCACCGCUUGGUACGAAAAAUACAACCCAUCGCUUUCAGAAUUACCCCAGCAAGCCGUGCGGCCUGGCCACUGCAGGGAUUGCUUCAUGCCUGGAUUCAUCCCACUGGCUCGCAAUGCUGACAUUUUUACUGACACAAGAAAUCUCGGCUACGUCUACGAUAACAACCUAUUCGGCGUCAGGGCACAAAACGGCAGAGCACCAGUUGCUGCUUAG